UUCAAAUGAGCAACUACUGUCUUGGAAUUUGGAACAUAAAUAUACUGUGUGUACACAUUAUUAAUUUAUUCAGUGAGUUAUCUUUGUUGAGAUUGAGGAUGAUUAGCUGUUGAGUUGUAGGAAAAAAAUUUUUUUUUUCUACCUUUAAAACUGUAAAAAAACCGUGGAACCAUGGAUAUUGGAGAAUUGCUUUCUUACAAGCCCCCAAACACUCCAAAACGCUCUGCUCCUGGGGAAGAAGAUGACGAAGACGAGUACGAUGUUAGAUCCAAAAAAGUCAUGCGAACGCCAUACCAUUCCCGUAAAAAGCACGGCUCAAAGUCUGACUCCACACCUAUCAGGGGUACACCCAUCCGGGGCACACCUAUCAGGAGUACACCUGUCAGAGGCACUCCGGUUAGAGUAAACGAGCCACCAACUCCGCUACGGGCUCACCUGCCAGAUCCCGAUAACGAUGUCCUUGAGCCUCAGUUGAGCGAAGAGCAAAAAGAGGACAUCAUUAAGUACGUAGAAACAGAGGCCGCAGAAGUUGAGCCCUUGGAUGAGACAAAUCUCAAGCGAAUGGUGUUGCUGUUUGAAAAAAGAGCACUGAGGAAUCAGGAGAUGAGGGUCAAGUUUCCUGACCAACCAGACAAGUUUAUGGAAUCGGAAGUAGAACUGCACGAUGAGUUGCAGAAAUUGCACGCCGUGGCCACCAAUCCAGAGCUGUAUCCCCAGAUGGUUGAACUGAACGUUGUACCCUCUUUGCUGGAAUUGUUGUCUCAUGAGAACACGGACAUCGCUGUAGGAGUGGUGGAUUUGCUGCAAGAGCUUACAGAAUCGGAUGUGUAUAAUGAGGCGCCAGAGGAAGCUACUUCUUUGAUAGAUGCGCUGUUGAACCAGCAAGUCUUUGCCCUUCUUGUGCAGAAUAUGGAUAGACUGGAUGAAAAUAUCAGUGAAGAAAGUGAUGGUAUUUUUAAUACAUUAGCUAUUUUUGAAAAUUUGCUUGAAACAAAACCAGAGUUGUGCGUGGAAGCUGGCAAACAAGGUUUGAUACAAUGGUUGCUCAAGAGAAUAAAAGUAAAGGCUCCCUUUAAUAGCAACAAAUUGUAUGCCAGUGAAAUUCUAUCCAUUCUUCUUCAAAACACUAAAGAGAACAGACUCUUGUUAGGAGAAAUUGAUGGAAUUGAUGUUCUUCUACAACAGUUGGCUUAUUACAAAAGACACGAUCCACAAACAGCCGAGGAACAAGAACUUAUGGAAAAUCUGUUUGAUAUUUUAUGCUCCAGUUUAAUGGAAGCUGCAAAUAAAGAAAAAUUCCUAAAGGGUGAAGGUCUUCAGCUUAUGAAUCUUAUGCUUCGUGAAAAAAAAAUGUCCAGGAAUGGCUCUUUAAAGGUUCUUGAUUACGCCAUGAAUGGUCCUGAUGGUAAAGACAAUUGCAGUAAAUUCGUAGACAUUCUUGGUCUAAGAACAAUAUUUCCUGUAUUUAUGAAAACACCAACAAAAAAUAGGAAAAAGUUGGUCACAGCGGAAGAGCAUGAAGAACAUGUCGUAUCAAUUAUAGCUAGUAUGUUAAGAAAUUGCAAGGGCCAACAGAGGCUCAGGCUGUUCAGUAAGUUCACGGAAAAUGAUUUUGAAAAAAUCGAUAGGCUAAUGGAACUUCAUUUUAAAUAUCUUGAAAAAGUGGAGGAGGUGGAAAAAAAUGCCAGGGUAAAUUUUUCAAACACAUUUGGUUAUGAUUUGCAGGAAGACGACGAUGAAGAAGAAACAUUGUUAAAAAGACUGAACGGCGGUUUGUUCACACUGCAAUUAGUCGAUUAUAUAUUGGUAGAAGCAUGCAUUGGCUGCCCUCCAGCUGUGAAACAGCGAGUUACUAGAAUUUUAACGCAAAGGCGAGCUUCGUUAAAAACGAUUAAAAAUAUAGUGCGAGAAUACGCUGGUAAUUUGGGUGACGAAGGAGACGUCGAAUGGAAAGAAACACAACAGCAGCACAUUCUUCAGCUGAUUGAUAAAUUUUGAUGCAGUUUUGGCUCUAUAAUACUCAACUUCUAUUUAAUGUUAAUAAAAUUUACCCUAGUUAUGUAA